AUGUAUCAAGAGAGUCCGAUGAUGGCUUUGGCAUUUUAUAGCAAGAGAUCCGGAGAGUCCAAUGACGAAAUCUUGGUAAUUUACGUGAAGCAGUCGGAUGACCCGGGGAGAUAUUACAAUGCUCCAAUAUUCUCUCAUGACCAGGCAAGAGGGGGCAAAGGGACCUGGGUCACGAACCCGACGAACUCAUCGAGCUCAGCUGGGAUGACCUCACGCCAAGUCGAAGUCGCGUUAGCACUCACAAAUUCGAAAGUUGAGGUCACUUUGGCACUCACUAUUUGCCUAGAUUGGCUCGAGGAGAAACUCAGCAGCCUG